AUGCCUGCCAGGAAGCGCGGUCGUCAGGAAGUCGAGCAGGAGGAACAACCGCGCAAACAGGAGCCCACCAAGCUCGAGAAGCUGCGCAACACCUGGGAGUUCGCGAGCCUUGUGCAAUACAUCUACAUCUUUGGUUCCGUGGUUAAGAUCGACGAGGACAUCGACGUCGACGUGAGCACUUCCCCGCGUCCAUCGGCCACCUGCACCUGGUGCACCCGCAUGCUGGAUCAAUCUAACUCGGCGCAGGAACUCGAGGCAGAAUGCCUAAAGCCGACGCCCUCUGAAAAGCUUGCGCAAAUCGGCCUAGCUCUACUCAAAUACGUGUCGUCACACAAGGGACUAACUUUGGAGAUAUUCGAUGAGUAUGCGCGCCGCCAGUACGUCGCCAAGGCCCCUCAGCGCAACCCCUUCGGAGUCGAUGAAGAGCCCAAAAAGUUCAACGACAUGGACACUUUCACCAAAGUUCGCAUUCUCCAACAGCUUUCCACCUGGACGCUUGGCAAUGCCGAUCGCAUACGUGAGAAGAUGCCGGAGCAGAAGGACAUUGACCAGACAAGCUGGCGCGUCGAAGCAUUUGGAUGGGAUAAGGAGGACCGCACUUACUUUGUUCUCGAUGACGAUCGCCUCUACCGUCGCACCGACCCGCCCUUGCCCGCAGCCCCGCCGCAAAAGUCCAAGCCGAAAUCGAAAGCGAAGCCUAAGAAAACCAAGGGUACCCGAGCAAGCAAACGAAGGAGACUAUCCACGUCGCCUUCAGAAAGUGAUGCAGAACAGGAGGAAGAUGGCGCCCAAGAUGCCCCUGCGCCGGAGGAGGAUACAUUUGGCGGUAUGACAUGGGAGUGCGUUGCUGUCACGCUGGAAGACUACACCACUUUUGUGGAUUCCAUCCGCAAAAGCAGGGAUCCAAACGAGAAGGAACUUGUGAAGCGUCUGCAGGCCGAUGUCAUUCCCAUUAUCGAGAAGAGGGCUGAGCAACAGCGACAAAAGGCCCUGAGGAAGCAAAGAGAGCUGGAGAACCUUGAGAAACUGGCGAAUGCAAAGCGCUCCAGCAGAAUCGCGGGCCGUUUGGAGAAGCAAAAGGAACAGGAGGCUGCUGUUGAAGCUGAACGCAAGCGUGUAUCUGACCUUGAAAUGGCCAAGAAGGAGCAAGAGAAGCAGAAGCAGAUGGAGGAGGCACGACAAUCACGCAUGAUGACCCGCGAGCAGCGCUUGAAAGAGCGUGAAGUGAAACGCAUACUUCACGAGGAGGAACUGAAGAAGCUGCAGGAAAACAGCGAAAAGGCAGAAAACAACGAAAUGCGGAUGUCCGAACGCCACCUCAAAGCCGAGAUGGAAAGGCGUCAGAAAGAGCUGGAGCAGAUGGCCCAGGAAGAGGAAAACUGGAUUUUCGAUUGUGCCGUCUGUGGUGUUCAUGGCGAGAACUUGGAUGAUGGCUCGCACAGUAUCGCAUGCGAGAAGUGCAAUGUCUGGCAACACAAUUGCAAGCAAAAGGCAGAAGACGCUGCGAGACCCAAGCUGCCACCCCUUAAGUUCAAGCCCCAGUCAGCAACGUUCGCCUCCGUCAGGCUAUGGAGCUCCGUCACCAUCGAAGCCGAGCCCGGCUACGAUUCAACAGCGUCCCAUGUCUUCGGGAUACGGCGCCCCGUCGCCAUCAAAGCCCGCCCCCGCAUCUUCACCAUACCAGACCAACGGCUACCCUACGACAGCCCCUUUCACUAG